CUCUCUUUCCCGUCAACAAAACACUCGAAUCCCCAUAUAUUAUAAAUAUCAAGCAUACCUUUCACGCAGAGAAUUCCUCUUCCGACGAAUUCAGCAGCUUGGCGGUAACGCAUUUUCGGAUUUUCUUUGGCACUCCAGGAGAGCAGCCCGCUUGCCAGUCGACGAUCGAACGAUCAGGCCAUCAACUGCAUCGUCUUCUCUGGUGACUGUGUCGGGUGAUCAUCUCACGUUCUUUACCUUGUUUUUCCGUCCUUUCCACCCUGUCUCUCCGUAACGAGGCGUCUUCGUAGCCAUUUUCAUAACGCUCAGUAGAUUUAGUCACACGUCUUCCAGGUCAACAUGAUCGACUCGACGCUCUCACCCCGACUCUCCCACCUCCUUAUCCAGGAAGACUCCAUGACAGGACGUCUGCUCAUGCCUGACGGCACAGAUGCGCGAGAACCCAUGGGCGGACUCUCACCGCCUCUCACUCCAUCCACUUCGACCUUUGCCUUCGAGGCUUCUCCGCUUCACAAGUCUGCCAGGCUACCCAGCCCAUUGGAGCCUAACGCCCUGUUCAACUCUCUCCGACUGCCACCGCCAACUGCACUCCCGUACCGGCGAUCUCAACAGAGCGCUUCGCUUCUUUCUAUCUUGUCGACAUCGCCCCCAGAUUCAGCAGAUUCCUCCUUCUCCUUCGUGCGUCCCGCUUCCGCCGGUCAGCGUCUCGCACCCCCUUCCUCCCAUUCAAGCCGACCGAUGUCAUCUCGUGCUGUCCCUCCGAGUCCUCCCCCAACGGUGUUUGUCGCAAGAUCGGCAUCCAUGAGACCUUCGUGGUCGGGUCCCGGGCAGUUCGGGCCCUCUAGCUUCGGAAGUGGUCUGCGACCUCUCACGUCAGCGCCGCUCAGCUCGUCUUUCCCCAAUAGGCCACAAGGAUUUGUCCGUCGCGAGUCAGUAAUGUCUGACAUUCCACCGCCCACACCAUACAGCCGACCCAAUACCUCCCCUUAUCCCAUGCCUUCUGGAGCUCAACGUUUCCACGCCGGCCAUGGGGUGGAAGAGGGAAUGGGCAGCCGAGCGCCUAUAAGUCGGACCACCAAGGCUUGUAAUGCUUGCAGGACGAGAAAGGUCAGAUGUGAUGCAGGUGGACUUCCAGGAGGUCAACCAGGGACUUGCAGUCGAUGCAGAGAAUCCGGUGUGGAUUGCGUCUACUCGGUCAUUCAAAAGAAGCGAGGCCCAUGUCCCGGGUGAGUAGACAGCGAAGUCAACUUUUACAGGUCAAUCUCACUGACUGGACAAUCCACAGAUCUAUUCGGGGGUCUGGUCCAAAGCCACGACGGCAGUCUUCCAACCGUGCUCCAGCCGAGACUGAAAAGCCACACCGCCGAAGAGGUUCGUCUUUCGACGAGUUGACAGCUCGAGCAGCUGGGGUCGACUUGUCCUCCCACGCAGCGUCUUUGCCAUCUCAGAGACCGACCACUUCGCGCGG